CUCAACCGAAUCAAAACCACACAAAAAAAAAGAAAGAAAGAAAGAAGUUGGAGUCGUUUCCAUUCGGUUUGGGGUUUAUGCAUAUCUGCUGUGGUGAUUGAAGAGACAAACCCGGAAUCAUCGAAAGAGAGGAGAAGAUGGAAUCAAUUCUACUCCCAACGCUAACGAAGAAGGAAGAGAUCGAUCGGAUCAUCAACAACACCAUCGAUAAAGUCCUUGUCCUUCGAUUCGGCCGUCUCUCCGACGAAAACUGUCUCCUUCUUGAUGACAUUCUCGAGAAAUCGGCGAGAGAUGUCUCUAAGUUCGGUACAGUAGCUUUGGUGGACGUUGAUUCGGACCAAGUUCAGGUUUACGUCAACUACUUCGACAUCACUCUGUUCCCUUCAACCAUCUUCUUCUUCAACGCUCAUCACAUGAAACUUGAUUCUGGAACUGCGGAUCAUACCAAGUGGGUAGGUAAAUUCCACGAGAAACAAGACUUUAUUGAUGUCGUUGAGGUAAUAUUCAGAGGAGCGAUGAAAGGGAAGAUGAUUGUUCACUGUCCGCUUCCUCCCGAGAGAAUACCAAAGUACCAACUUUUAUACAAAGAUGUGUAAAACAAAACUGAGUUUAUUGUCUCUUCUUUUUCACUUGCAAACUCUCUUUCUCCAUCCCCCUUAUGUUUUGGACACAAUAACAUUUACAUGACAAAUUUCGAGAUUUACAUAUAUGUUUUUUUUU